AUGACUGAACAACAGCAAGAUGAUAAACCAAAACAACGUUUAAAAAGGAAAGACACGAAGAAUAUGUGGUGGAAUGUUCCAAUGACAAAAGCAUGUCAUCGACUGUUUCAAGUAAAUAAAACUCCACUGGAUACGGAUUUAGAGCAAACCUUCAAAUCUCAAAUUCAGGCUCAUUAUCCUAAAAAAAUACGGGAACUUGAUGAUUCAAGUGAAUGGAUUAAAUUAUGGAAUGCAGUACAUUUGAUUGUAAUUAAUUAA